GCGCGUGCCACAUGCCCUUUUUAACUUCUUCCAGAGCUCUACAAAUUUCUCGUUUCGAUCGAUCAAAGUGAAGUCCAGAGUAAUGGCUGCAACGCAGAGAUUUGGCUUCAACUCUUCCCCAGUGGGGGCUGUCGAGAACUUUAGAGCCGAAUCCUCGAGGCGAUGGAGUAGAUUAACAGCCAGGGCCUCUGGAAGUGAUCCGAGCGAUCAAAGUGAUUCAACAAGCGAUGGAAAGGAAAGUAGCACAGGCACCGACUGGGACAAGGCUUGGUCGAGCUACAAAACGGAAACUCGAAGAAAGCCUCUGUUUAACUUCAACAUGGAGCAGUACGUUUCUCGGAAACCAAUUCACAGGAACUUUUCUGUCACCGAGGAAGUGGACGAGUUUCGCAAGAGCGAGAGAGCAACGCUGGAUGCCUGGACGGAUCCAAAGUUCACAUACGCGGGCUUCAGCGUGAUCGUCUGCUUGUUUGUCUACAUGGUGAUCAACACUCCACACGCAUAGAGAAGAAAGAAGCAAAGAAGAAAGAACUCACGACUUAUUUGAAAAAUUGCUAGCAGCGCGAUGUACAGAAAUUAAAUGAUGAAUGGUCAUUGGUUCUCGUUGUUUAUUUUC